CGAACAAACACGAUUUACCACUCACUAAAAACAAGCGCGUAUAUUAACUGAAACUGUUGAUCAUUCGAGCAGUACGGCGACGCAGGCCGUCGCUCAAAAUGGCCGACGUCGGCAUCGCAACGUCGGCGUCUCGUCAGUGACUUCCAUCGAACAGCUGUUUCUUACCAAUUCUGAGAAAUGGAAUCGGUUUUUGUGACGUUUCCCAGUGAAAGUGUUUGGAUGUGAUGUGGCCUGAUAGUUUUUUUGGCGAGAAAGAUGAGAAGGAAUCCACAAAGUCAGUCGCAGUUGCAGAUCGAACAAGAUAACGAUUGCACUUCGUCGUCUCCAUCACAAAUCCUGGAAAGAGUUCAAUCAGACCGAGUUACAGUUACCAAACCUGAGGAAGAUCGACGACGACGGACAAUCAUCGUAGAAAAAAAGAAUGGAUCUUUUGGAUUUACACUUCAAAGUUAUGGAAUACAUUACAAGAAAGAAAAGGAAAUAGAAAUGAUUACCUACGUGGAUUAUGUGGACUACGACGGUCCAGCGUAUAGGGCUGGUAUGAGAGAAGGGGAUGUCAUCUUAUCCAUAAAUGGUACUGAUAUGGAGAAGGCUGAUCAUAAAACCCUAGUUAAUUACAUAAAAAAUUGUGAUACUAGAAUGAGAAUGGUGGUUUUGUUUGAAGAUUGUGUACGGAAGGUCGAGUUACAUAUGAGAUAUAUCAAACUUCAAAGAAUACUCCAAACGAAGAUGGAAGAACUGGAACGGUUAUGUUUGAGAGAAAGGCAACUUUUCGAGGGAAAAUGGAAAACGCAUAGUUUGCCAGCAAGAAAAAAGGCUUCACAAGCAAAUAAUGGUGGUCCGCCAACUCCUACUCAGUCAUCUUAUUCAUAUUGUAGACCAACAGUUUCGACAGAAGAUGUGGCGAAAGUAGCUCAGCAACAGAAACAGCCAACGCCCCCUUUAGUUUUUUCCUACCAAUACUUAGAUUCACAGUAUAGGUAA